CUGAUUCAAAGGAGGGGGGAAGGAGAAAAAAAAGGAGAAGACACCCGAGAAGGUCGCGGAUUAUCUGUGAAGGAAGGGCGAGACGAUGGGCUGCAUUAAGAGCAAAGAGGACAAAGGUCCUGCAAUGAAGUAUCAGCCAGACAAUUCCCUGGUGUCAGACCCCAACACCGCCGCCACCACGCCUCACGUGGGUCACUACGGGCCGGAUCCCACCCAGCUACAGCAGAAUCAGCCUCCCUCAUCCACAUCUGCCUCCGGGGCUGCAAAUUUUAACCACACCCUCACACCAUUUGGUGGCUCCUCGUCUGCCAUGACUCCCUUUGGAGGGAUGUCGUCCUCCUUCUCCGGUCCUGUGUCCAACUCGUUCUCUGGUGCUGUCUCAAGUGGUGUUACAUUCUUUGUGGCCUUGUACGACUAUGAAGCCAGAACAUCAGAUGAUCUUACGUUUAAAAAGGGAGAUCGCUUCCAGAUCAUCAACAAUACAGAAGGAGACUGGUGGGAGGCUCGCUCCAUCAACACAGGAAAGAAAGGCUACAUCCCAAGCAAUUAUGUGGCCCCUGCUGACUCCAUCCAGGCUGAAGAGUGGUAUUUUGGUAAAAUGGGUCGCAAAGACGCUGAGAGGUUGCUGCUGAAUACAGGAAACCAUCGAGGAACUUUCUUGGUCCGGGAAAGUGAAACUACUAAAGGUGCUUAUUCUCUCUCCAUACGAGACUGGGACGAGGCCAAAGGAGACAAUGUGAAACACUACAAGAUCCGCAAGCUUGACAACGGGGGAUACUAUAUCACUACACGAGCACAGUUUGACACGCUACAGAAGCUUGUCAAACACUAUACAGAGCAUGCUGAUGGGCUGUGCCACAGGCUAACCACAGUUUGCCCCACGGUCAAGCCUCAAACCCAGGGGCUCGCUAAAGAUGCCUGGGAGAUUCCCCGGGAGUCUCUGCGACUGGAGCUCAAACUAGGCCAGGGCUGCUUUGGAGAGGUCUGGAUGGGCACGUGGAAUGGCACCACUAAGGUGGCCAUAAAGACGCUGAAGCCAGGAACCAUGUCGCCAGAGGCUUUCCUCCAAGAGGCUCAGAUCAUGAAGAAGCUCAGACACGACAAACUGGUGCCUCUCUAUGCAGUGGUGUCUGAGGAACCCAUCUACAUCGUCACAGAAUACAUGGCCAAAGGAAGCUUGCUUGACUUUCUCAAAGAAGGUGAUGGAAAAUUCUUGAAGCUUGUCUUGCUGGUGGACAUGGCUGCAAAGAUCGCUGACGGCAUGGCUUUCAUCGAGAGGAUGAACUACAUCCACAGGGACCUGCGCGCUGCCAAUAUCCUCGUGGGCGACAACCUGGCGUGCAAGAUCGCCGACUUUGGUCUGGCCAGGUUGAUAGAGGACAAUGAGUACACAGCCAGACAAGGAGCCAAAUUUCCUAUUAAAUGGACGGCCCCGGAGGCUGCACUGUACGGCCGCUUCACCAUCAAGUCAGACGUCUGGUCCUUUGGUAUCUUACUCACCGAGCUCGUCACCAAAGGCAGGGUGCCCUACCCAGGCAUGGUGAACCGGGAGGUGCUGGAGCAGGUGGAGCGAGGCUACCGCAUGCCCUGCCCCCAAGGGUGCCCCGAGUCCCUGCACGAGAUGAUGAAGCUCUGCUGGAAGAAGGAUCCGGACGAGAGGCCCACUUUCGAGUACCUCCAGUCUUUCCUGGAGGACUAUUUCACCGCCACAGAGCCACAGUAUCAGCCUGGAGAGAACCUAUAGCCUGCCCGCACCCUGCGGUCCCACGAGGAGACUUGUCUAAAGACGAGAGAGGGCAGGAGCUGAAACUUCAGACUUCGUAGAGAGUCGACUGGAAAACGGGAUGAUCAGUCGCGUGAACCACUACUUGCUCCACCCUGUCCUGGUUCUGCGUUCCAGUGUCCGCCAACAUUUUGUAGUAUUUUCAUAUUUUUUUUUUUGUCUUCACACAUGGUACUACACAAGUCUUAGCUGUGUGAAUUCCUGAUUUUUUAUUUUUUUUUUCAUGUGGAUUUAAUCAUCGUGUACAAAAUGGCAGACUGUGGAAAUGGACACAUUGGCAUAUUCAUUUCUAGCAUGUUUUACAUACACGGCUCGUGAACACAGCACUACGUUGCUGUGAAAUAAGCUGUGACAAUGCCUCACAAAAGACACAGGUAUUAUUGUGAGUAGCAGGCCUUUUAUGUGUUUUAAUGUGGAGAGCUCUCUCUCCAUGUUUCUCCAAAUUGUAGUCUCUGUGGUAGAUUAGUAAAUUAUGCAUCAAAGUGAUUAAUUAUUGACGGAGGUAAUAUGCUAAACUAAUAGGGAGAAGCUCUCAGGGGGUUGAUGGUCAUUAUCACAGUCCAUUUGACAGUGAUUAUUUAAAAGCAAAUCCCACACAGUUUAUUUACAUAAUCAUCAUUUGCAGUGCAAUUUUUUAUUUGUUACAAAUGGGUGACUAGAGGAAGUCUCUGUGUUCCCUGCUUUUUCAAUUUUAGUAAUGUUAUGUUCCUUUUAAGAAUUUAUUAUUGCAAGAAUUUAUUCAUAUCAUGUGGACAUGGUUUUACAGCUUCAUUUGAAGUCUUUCCUCACUGUCCAUCAUCGUCCAGAAAUCUCUGAUAAGACUUUUAUAACAGUUGGUUGUAUAAUCUCACUGUGAUGACUACAGAGAGACAUGCUUACAUAAAAAAAAAAAAAAAAUGUGUGUAGAAUGUGUCACUGGGUUUGGUUUUACAGCAAAAUAACAGUUAAACAAUGAUGAAACUCGUAGACGUGUGGCCCCUUGCCAAGCUGGGAUGACACUACACAUAUGAAACUGCUGCCAAUCAAGCAUGCAGGAGGAUUUCACUGGCUGCAGAACUACUUUGUGAAGGCAGAGAGCAUGAAAAAAAAAGAGCCUCCUAAUAAGCUGGAAACAACCAUCUUGUCCUCUGAAAUGUGACUGCUGAAGAACUCUCGGACUCUCGUGGUCUUCUCACUUGUACAGCAGUGAUGACGCUUUUUUACAGCGAGUUACUCUUUGCAUUUUGUUCCUGUAUGGACUCAUCAGGACAGUAUUAUAAUGGAAUAAUUGAUGACUGGGCUUGUAAAGAAGGGCUUUGUAUAUUAUAAAAUCUUCAUUUUAUAUUAUUAUUAAUGAAAUGGACAAGAUUGCAUAUUAUAUU